UACUACUUAUAGUUUAGUAUUAAAACGCUCGCGAGCGGAACUGUGUUAGAUCUCUGCUGUUGUUUAUUUUGUUGGUAUUUUAUUACUUACCGUUACUCAAACAAUUAUGGAAAUUAAAAAACUUACUUUUACUCAAACAAUUGAUCUACGUAACAAAUAUGUUGGGAAAUCUUGCGAAUUGUUUUAUAAGAAGAGUCCUUUGAAAAUCGUGCGCGGCCAAGCACAGUAUUUGUACGACCAAGACGGAAGAGAAUACUUGGACUGCAUCAAUAACGUAGCCCACGUGGGCCAUUGUCAUCCGGAUGUAGUGAAAGCGGGUGUGGAACAAAUGCAACAGUUGAACACCAACAGUCGAUUUUUGCACGACAACCUAGUAAUAUGCGCGGAGAAAAUCGUGUCGAAAAUGCCGGAAUCGUUGUCUGUUUGUUUCUUUGUCAAUUCCGGUUCCGAAGCUAAUGAUCUGGCUAUUCGGCUGGCUCGCCAACACACUGGAAACACAGAUAUCAUCACAUUAGAUCAUGCUUACCAUGGUCACUUAACUUCUCUUAUUGACAUUUCACCAUACAAACUGAAUUUGCCGGGAGCACCGAAAAAGCCAGAUCAUGUACACGUGGCUCCGGUUCCGGAUGUGUAUAGAGGUAAAAUAAGAGCUGAAGACCAUCCCGAAGAGGACAUGGGAAAAUUGUAUGCUUUGGAGGUAAAAAAAUUAAUUGACGAGAAUGUGAUUGAACAACGGGGUCAAAAAGUGUGUGCUUAUAUCGCCGAAAGUUUACAAAGUUGCGGUGGUCAGAUUAUUUUACCUCAUAAUUAUCUACGAAAUGUUUAUAAGUAUGUAAGAGAAGCCGGCGGAGUGUGUAUUGCGGACGAGGUACAAGUUGGAUUCGGUCGAUCAGGGACGCACUACUGGGCAUUCCAACUCGACGGAUCGGACGUGCUUCCCGAUAUUGUGACUGUUGGAAAACCAAUGGGAAACGGUCAUCCAGUAGCUGCCGUCAUCACAACAGAAGCGGUGGCUCGUAGCUUUGAAGCUACUGGUAUUCAAUAUUUCAACACGUAUGGCGGAAAUCCCGUAUCAUGCGCUAUUGCUAUUUCCGUAAUGAACGUAGUGGAUAACGAAAAUAUGAUGGAAAACGCGAAAGAUGUCGGUGAGUACAUUUUAUCUGAAUUGAAGUGUAUGCAAGGGAAGUUUCCUGACGUUAUCGGCGACGUUCGCGGCGUCGGAUUAUUUAUAGGCGUCGAACUGAUAAAAGAUCGAAAAACUAAAACGCCGGCGACAGUUGAAACUCGAGAGGUCGUGAACAGAAUGAAGGACGAAGAAGGAAUUUUGGUCAGCAGUGAUGGACCUGACGUGAAUGUCAUUAAGCUUAAACCACCGAUGGUGUUCAGCAAGGCUAACGCCGAUCGGUUUUUGAGAGCUUUGAAGAAAAUGGUUUCGGAUAUCAGGGCCCAAAGAUAUCAACUUCUGUGAUUUAUUUUAUACGAUGUGUCAUAACUACUUUAGUAGUUCUGAACGAUAAAACUGAAAUAUUUUUGGUUUUUAAAUAAGUGUUACCGAACUUGUCAUACUUCUUAAUGCUCUUUUUUUUCUUAAUCGGUUCAUAUUAUAUUUUAUAUUAUUGUUGUGUACACUUCGUUAUACGAAUAAA